UCAAGACCAUCUGUGCAUAAAAGGUGGCAAGAUGUUUCGUAAAUCUAAAGUAACAGAUGGGACGUCUGUGGGCCAAGUGGGGUUCAAGAAAAAGUCGAGGGUCCCUGGAGUGAUGAUUACACAAUUUGUUGAGACACUGCCAGAGGGAAAGAGCCACCCAGAUUUCACUCGUAAGCCAAUUGCUUUGACUAUCCAAGAGGGGAAGUUUGCCUUUUUCAAAGCCAUUGUGACUGGAGACCCCAAACCUGCUGUGACAUGGACUCGGAAUAAUGGAAACGUUUCUGAUGAAUCAAGAUACCAAGCAAAAUAUGACCCAAACUCAGAUGAGCAUACAUUUGAGAUGCCGAAUGUGCAGCCAGAUCAAGCGGAUACAUACAAAUGCAUUGCCAUAAAUGAGUAUGGGCAAGCCUUCGUCACAGUUGUUCUGAAUGUAAUUGAAGUUGGUUUUAAAAAGGCAAAGGCUCCAGAACAAGCUCCAGAUGCUACCGAUGGGAAUUUCAAGACUGUCCUUAAAAGAAAGAGCAAGAUCCGUCCCAAAUCUGAGCAGCCUGAGAGAAAGGAAGGAGAAAUUGACCCAAAGUUUUGGGAGCUCCUGAUGAGUGCUGACAAGAAGGACUAUGAGGGCAUCUGUGCAGAGUUUGGAGUCACAGACUUUCGUUGGAUGCUCAAGAAGCUGAAUGAAAUGAAGAAAGAAAGAGAAGAAGAACAAGCCACGUUUGUAAAAAACCUGUCCAACCUGAAGCCAAUUAAUGUCAAUCCAGAUGGCUCUGCAUCCUUUGAGCUGGACAUGGAUCUGCUUGAACCAAGCAGCCAUAUUUAUAUAUACAAGGAUGGUGAGAUGGUCCCAUACACGAAGGAGAUGGGAGAGAAAAUGAAGCACAGCCUGAAACAAGUAGGAAGAAAAUUUGUAUUUAGUAUGAAGGACCUGCUGCCUGAUGAUGCUGGGCUGUAUCAGCUGGACGUGGAGGGUGUCACCAUGUUCUCAACAGAAUUCAAAGUACCUAUGGUGGAUUUCUUGGUGAAGAUUCAAGAAGUGAAAGCAACUGAGAGAGAAGAUGCCGUUUUUGAAUGUGUGCUGUCAAACCCAUUUUCCAAAAUUAACUGGUUUGGUAAAAAUCUGCCACUGGAGCAAGGGGAGAAAUUUGAUAUUGAAGUAUCCGAGGACAAACUCAUUCACAGACUGGUCGUCAAAGACUGCAUGGUCGUAGAUAAAGGAAUAUACUCUGCCUGCGCUGGUAUUAAGACCUGCAACGCCUGGCUACUGGUAGAACCGGAUAAGAAUGCAGGAAAAGGGAAGAAAGCAGAGAGAAAGACAACAAGAGCUGGAGGGUCGGGUGUGGACCUGCAAAAGGUGGCUGAGGAGCAACAAGCUAAACUGGAAAAACAGUAUGAGGAACGGAAAGAAGUGAUCAAAGCAGCCCAAGAAGCUGCAGCGGCCGCACCUCCACCUGAGACUCCUAGUAAAGCAGUGGCUGAGCUUAGCAUCACUGAUGGACUUUCUGAUACUUAUGCUCUCCGAGGGAACCCACUUGAAUUAACAGUGACAAUGAAUACCGAAUGUGAUGGUACCUGGUUCAAAGAUGGCGAGCCGUUAUCCUCUGGUAGUGGAAUCACUGUAUUCAAAGAGGGAGUGGCCCAUAAAAUACGAAUCGCUAGCUGCCAAGAUGAUGACUCAGGAGUUUAUCGUUUUGUUGCAGGCGAACUUAGCACACAAGGAAAGGUCACAGUGGGAGAUGUACCUGAAUUUGACCCAGAUGAGCUUCAUAAAUUCUCCAAGCCUGUGGUAGUCCGAGUGGGUCAGAAUGCAGCCUUUAAGAUGCCCUUCCCACCGCAGGAGGGACUGGUGGUCAGUUGGUUCAAAGAUGGCACCGAAGUCAAAGAUGGUGGUGGAGUGAAGAUCGUGAGGGAGCCCAACCACAGUCGGCUGCUGUUCAAAGACUGCCUGAGAACAGAUGCAGGAGAAAUCAGAAUCCAGCUUAAAAACCCUUUUGGGGCAGUAGAGGCCACAUCUCGGCUCAUUGUAUUAGAUCGUCCUGGACCACCCGAGGGUCCUGUGGAGACAGUGGAAACCACUUCCACUGUGAUCGAAAUUAAAUGGAACCCUCCAAAAGACGACGGUGGCUCAGCAGUGACGCACUACAUCAUUGAGCGCCAACCCACCAGGCAGAGUUUGUGGACCAAGCUGGGGGACGUCUCGGCUGACAGAACCACCUUCAGAGACAGAAAUGUGACUCACGGAAAGAAAUACAACUACCGCAUCUAUGCCGAAAACCCCGAGGGAAUAAGCGAUCCGCUAGAGACAGCUGACAGCAUCAUGGCAGGAGUGCUGAUCCUCUCUGGUCCUCCUGGAGCACCCCAGAUCGUGAGUGCCUCCAAGACAUGCAUCCACCUGACCUGGACUCCCCCUGAGGACACACGGGGAGUGCCCAUUGUGGGGUACCUGCUGGAGAAGAGGAAGAAAGACACCAAUCAGUGGGUCGCCAUCAAUGCAGUCAAUGAGCCAAUAGAAGACACAAAAAGUGCAGUGAAAGAUGUCACUGAAGGAAGUGAAUAUCAGUUUAGAGUAUCAGCAAUUAACGAAUCAGGUGCUGGAGACCCAAGCCCCCCUUCUGAAAUGGUUUGUGCCAAGAAUCCCAACAUGAGGCCAUGUUUCAAAGAUCCAGAAGAUUUCAUGGUCGUCAGAGCGGGCAAUUCAGUUCGGAUUAAAAUUAAAUAUGAGGCUGAACCUCCUCCUCAGAUCACCUGGCUAAAGGACGAUGAGCCCAUCUCUCCAUGGAUUAACGUUAUCAAUACAGAAGGACUGUCUCAGCUUGUUAUUCCAUCAUCAAAGCGCUCCGACUCAGCUGUGUACACAAUCAUAGCUAAAAACUUAGUGGGAGAGGCUUCCUUUGAUAUUGAAGUUAGAGUCACUGAUGAACCUAAGAGCCCGGGUCCAGUGGAGAUAGAGCAGACAGUGCACGGAAAACUGUUGAUCUCAUGGGCGCCCUCACCUGAUCAGGAGCUGGACGACCGCCUGUACUAUGUGGUGUCUCAGUGCGAUUCAAACAACCGGAUGUGGAAAAAUGUGGCUGACCGUCUCUUCACCAACAGCUACACAGCCAUCAACAUCUCUCCUGGCAUCGAGUACCGCUUUAGGAUCUUUGCCAAGAAUGACAUGGGCCUGUCCGAUCCAUCACAUUCUCCUCCCUGGGGAGUCAAUAACAACAGAGUUCCUAUUCCAACAAAUGGACUGAAUUCAACAGAAGUGAGCUUUGAGAGGCCCCCCUCCAUCUUGGUCCCUCUCAAAGUUCACACCCCACCCAAGGGUUACCAGCUCUUCAUGACAUGUGCAGUACGAGGAUGCCCCACCCCCAACAUCUCAUGGUACUUGGACAACAUCUGCAUCAACUCAGACAACCACUACUACAUGACCAACUCUUUCGGUGUCUGCUCCCUGUACAUUCUCCGAGUUCGGCCCAAAGACAGUGGGGAGUACAAAGUGGUGGCAGUCAAUUCAUUUGGACAAGCAGAGUGCUCCACUAAACUCAUAGUUAAAGAAUAAGAUGCCUCGAGCAAUGAAGAGCAGAUGGAAAGAAGUGCUUUAAGAAUGAAUCAAUUGAUUG